CAAAGACAAAAUGCUCAAAGGGGUAGGGAGUGUAGGACCACUUUGAGACCCACAAGAGUUGUUGUUUCCCACCUCGUACUGUUUAUUUCCAGUCCCUCUAACAAGUAAUGAUCCAGCCCACUCGGGGCUUAUCCGGCUCCUCUCACCGGUUCAUGGAGAUCCGCACAACGGAGACCUGCUGGAGUGGAGGCAGUUGUUCCUCUUCGAUUUUUUCAUGCCCAAUCAUGUACGGAUAACGGACGGUUCGCGCAGGAAUCCGGCUCAAGUGGAUCAGCGCUGACCGGUUUCUGGAGACGGGAUUACACGGCACCGUGGCAACUUGCUGAACGCCCCCACACCGGCCCGAUAACGCACCAUCUGGCCCGGAGUAAAUAACACUUCUCCAGAUUGGACAAUAUCAAUGGAUGGACUUAUGACACUGCUUUGAGUUUGGCCGAGUCAAGCAGCCAUAAUGGCAAACUCCAAUCUUUCAAUGCACGGUCUCGCCAGAGCUGUUUGGCCUCUUGGCUGCGUGCUUCUGAUGUUUGGCUACUUCUCUGUGGCUUCCCCGCACCACGGUCGGCAGCUGAUCUGCUGGCAAGCCAUCCUAAAUUGUAAAAACGAGCCCGCUUGCAACUACGCAUAUGACCACUACGUCCAGGCCUGCAAGCCUGUGCUGAGCGGGGCUAAGAAGAGGUGUCCCAGCCACUGCAUCUCCUCGUUAGUUCAGCUCAACUUGACCAAAAGUGGCCCGGCUCUGGAGGACUGCAGCUGCGACGACGACUUGAUAUGCGCAAGCACCAAGCGGGCCAUCGAGCCGUGCCUGCCGAGGACUACCAGCACGGGCUGUACAGAAGCCCGGCUGCAGUGCGGGAGGGACGCGCAGUGCAACUCCGCCAUGCUGGACUACUUGCACCACUGCGGGAAACUCUUUAACGGCGCGAUCUGCACGAACGCCUGCCGGAACGUGAUCGCGAACAUGCGUAAAAUCCCCAAGGGUCAGAAGCUCGAGACGUGCAUGUGCGACGGGUCGGAGAGGACCAUCUGUGAGUUCGUUAAGAGCAGCAUGAAGAUGCUGUGCUUCGACAAUCCAGACACAGACAGGGAAUACGGCAGCGGACGAUGGGACGGCGAGGAGGACGAUGAUGACAACCCGGACGGUACAGUGGAACCGUGGAGCAGAGCCUCUCUCCCAGCUGCGGGCCCCUGGGGUCUGACCCUGCUGGCUUCUAUUUUGGGUCUGUCGCCCCUCCUUUAGUCUAAGGGUUUUCUAUUGUUCCGAUAAAAAGGCAAUCAAAACUUUUGUCACUCAUUGACCUGCUAUAGUAAAAGCCUGACAAACUGAACAGAGUUCUCUUCGUCUUCAUAACGGGAUAAUCCUCUGCAAAAAAGGAUCACAAAGAUCUGACACCACUGCAGAUGGUUUGCUUAUGAGAUAAGCUAAACAGAAUUGCCUAAUUUUUCCAGUCACUGACUGAUUGUCAUCCCGUUUUAAUCAGCUGUGCACUGCCAGUCUUUCUCCUUAGCUCUAAAGUAUCAACUAUUUUUGUAUAUGACAAGGCAGUUGCCAUUUGGCACCACUGAUACCUGAUUUACAAAUAUUUAAUGUAACUUGUAAAUAAGAUCAGGAGUAAAAGUGAAACAGUAAUUUAUUACAUGCCUCCAAAUAGCCAGCAUGUGUAUAAAGACUGAGAAUUUCAGCUUUAAAGGGAAUUUAUUUUGACUGAAAAUGGUGUAAAUGCACUGUAAAUAUGUGUAUAGCUAAUAUAGAUUUUCUUUGCUAUUUGUUCAGAAAAUCCUCUAUGUUUUAGGUUAUGAGAUGAUUUAUUCAUGAUGCAAAGUCUAGAUUAAAAGCAAAUGUCUAAAUCCACUGUAUUAUUGCCUUAAUGAUAUCCUUUCCCCCCGAAGGCAUAAAGGAAACUUGAAGAUAAAA